GAUCUGCUGCUCAAAGUCUUGGAGAUGUCGAUAGUUCCUCAUGAUCCUGAUGUUGUCGGCGAUGUCGAUCCUGAAGCUAAAGACAGAGAUGAAUUUCACAUGGAAGAGAUGUUAAGGGAGUGGACCGACGAACCACCAAUCCGCCACGAUGUGUACCCGGAGAGUGAUACUGAAGACAACGACGACGAUCCUGCAAGAUUUCAUACACAUGUAAGGCGUGGUGAUGGCCAUUUGUACCCGAAGCAGAGUUUCUUCAGUGGAGUUGCAUUCAAAGAGGCGGUUGUUGAUUACGCUCUCAGAACCGGAUGCAAUCUGAAGCAGUACAGGUAUGAUAAUGAUAAGAUUGGAUUCAAAUGUGUUGGAAAUGAUGGUAAGGAGGAUGGAGUUCGGUGUGAAUGGCAAGUUUAUGCGGCAAUUCUUCCGAAGGAUUCAAUGUGGAAGAUUAGGAAAUUCAUUGACAGACAUAGCUGUAUCCCAAAUGGAGAAUGCGAGAUGUUUAAGGUGCCGCAUAUAGCUAGGUUGUUUGUUGACAAGAUUAGGGAUAAUCCCGAGUUCUACAUGCCUGCGAAGCUUGAAGAAAUUAUCAUGGAACAAUGGAAGAUCUCUGUCACUAGGAAUCAAUGUCAGUCAGCGAGGAAGAAAGCGUUGCAAUGGAUUGAGAAGGAGUUUGAUGAUCAAUUUGCAAGGCUAAGGGACUAUGCGGCUGAGACCCUUGAGUCAAAUAAGGAUUCACACGUUGAGGUAGAUUGUCUGACGACUGAUGAAGGUAAAGACAUCUUUAAUAGGUUCUAUGUUUGUUUUGACAACCUGAGAAGGACAUGGAAGGAUUCUUGUAGGCCUCUGAUAGGUAUUGAUGGUUGUUUUCUAAAGAAUAAGGUUAAGGGACAGUUACUGGUAGCAUUAGCUGUUGAAAGAGGCCCUAAGUUCUGGCCUGAGACUAAUGGUCCUAAAGUCUACAACCCUGAGCCAGCAGAAGGAGAAGACAAGAAGAUGACAAAAGCUGAGAAGAAAAGGAAAAAGGGUUUCAAUGAGUCUCCUAGUAAGAAACAGCCAAAGGCAAAGAAAAGAAUCAUGCAUUGUGGUGUUUGUGGGAAACCUGAUCACAAUUCAAGACACCACAAUAAAGAUAAGGAUAAGGCUUCUCAUUAUGGUUUGCAGCCUUCUCAACCUGAACCAAGUCAAGGUUCACUCACUCAAGCUUGAUCCAAGGAGUUUUUAGCUAAGACUGACAUAGGAUAGAAGAACUAGGGUACUUAUAUUGUGGUUGUCUCAUUGUAAUUUUCGACCACAUUGACUUCUGUAUCCUUAACUUCUUUUGAAUGUUUUUUUCCACGGCUGAAUGAAUGUUUAGGAUGAAU